AUGCCUCAGACAGAGCGCACUUACAAACAUGUUAGUACUACAACAAGAAGUCCUUCCAUUGCUACCAUGGAACAAUUCCUCCGAGGAGGGGAGUCCUCACCAACCUACUCUCCCACAUCUGUUUCUUCCCCUUCUUCUCCUUACUUUGGGAUGAAGUCCCAUGACCUUGAAGAAGAUCAUAGUCUCUAUCAAAGAAAAUCAGUUCUCACCAAAGUGAAGGAAAGGGCCAAGAAAUUAGUCUUGCGCAACAGCCUUAGCAGGAAAAGACUAGACGAAGAAAACCCAACUCCUUCUUGGGGAGUUAACCUAGAAGACGAAGAGGAAGAUGAAGACGAUCCUGAAUAUCUCGGAGCUCCAAUCUAUGAAUCGGAGCUAGCACCUGAGGAGUACAAAGAAAAUGCAAGACAACAUCCAAGAGCGAAUCCAGUAAUCUCUGAGAAACGUGUUCUAAAGACAGUGAAAUCAGGAGAACAUGAUCAAGAAAAUGCACUAACAUCUAUCAAGUCCACAUCACCAACAACAACAAUAACAAAAAGUCCUCAACUUGCAACAACACCAACUAAUAGCCCAAAACAAAACACAUCAAUGACUCAGAAACCGACAUCAUCCAACGUUGAAGGGUCAAACUCAACGUUGAAGGGUCCAUCAUCUCAAUCUGCUUCCUCCUCCAAAUAUCAUGUUGGUUCAAUAACCCCUGUUGCUCCUUUCACUUCAAUAAUGAUGAAAACCGCGUCGCCUUCUCUGCCGAGUGUGAAGACUAAUUCUACAAGUCCUAAAAGUUCAUAUCAUUCUCCAGGAUUGUUGAGUCCUAGAAGAGGUUCUAAUGGUUCUAGUGUGAUUGAGAGGAUGAAAGGAGUUGUUAGUUCUUUGCUAAAGAAUGAUGAACAAGCACAUCUAAAACAUGUCGUCAAAAGUCCCACAAUACAUGUUAAUUCCUCACAAACAAGCUACACUACACAUGAUGAUGGUCGAGGAGCGGAGAAUCGUAGGAGAAUUCUUCAGACAAAUUAAAAAGUCAUUGCAAUGUAUAUGUACUUUUUACAUUUUUGUAUAUAACCAUUUGUAUAGUAUAUGUAUAUGUAUGUAUUUUUUUUUUCUUUUUUUUGUAUAUGUGUGUCCAAUAAAUAAACUUAAGAUAAAUUACAAGAUUGUAUAAAAAAAAGUACUAGUUUGUAAAGAAUAAAAAAAGUUAUGUAAUAUGUGCAGUAUGAUUACCUAUAAAUGUGAUCAAGUAAUGUGCGCAUUGCCUAACAAGUAACAACACUAUAUAUAGAGAUUUUAUGU